GAUGCAAACCGACCUAAGCGCAGGACCUGGUCUCGCUGUUGUGGCAGGGGAUGUCCUUGCUCUUCGGGGAACAGGUCUAGCAGCAGCCGAAACAUGGGCUCUCCUGUGCCAGGCUGCCCAGGCCCUCCAGGAUCUCUUCCUCUCAAACGGUGGUGUAGUCGGUGGUUCGAGAGCUGGGCCGGUGGUGACUCUUCACACGUUAGAGUUGACACCGCGUGGUAGGGUUUUGCUGCAACUUGCACCUCCCGAAACUGCUCGAGCGUAUCUACCACCUGAAUAUCGACCGGGUCGUGUAUAUUCAGACACCGACUCGGAAAAGAUGUGGAUGUACUCGUUGGGAAGGGCAUUAUUGGACACGACCCCGCGAGUCGCAGCACUGACGGGAACGGUUUCCGUUUCACCCUCGUCGGCGCUCCAGUCCGUUUUAGCUGCCAUGACGGAACCGGAUCCCCGAAGACGAGCCUCAUUGAUGAAUCUACUGGACGUGAUUUCCGAAUACUGUCGCACGCGGUUGCAGUCGAAGCCCUUCACCCACAUAGUAAUGGAUAUGUAUCGAGAAGUGGUGAAGUCGCCACAGUACGCAGCGCGACAGCGUGUAGCUUAUCAACACUUGAACCCGGCAGCGGGUGUGCGAAACCAGGCAGAAAGACAGGACCCGAACCGUCAUCACAAUAACUAUCCUCAUCAGCAGCAACCACCGCCACACCAUCUCGAUCCUCUCCAAUUAGUGCACAGCCAAUCGGCAGCUAGACAUCAUCAUCAGCACCAGGAUCGACUGUAUCAUCCACCUAAUCAGUUCAAUCCUCCCCCGCGUCAGAGUCAGCCAGAUCGGAUACAGCGAGUCCCGAGCCAAUUUCAAAUGCACCAACAACAUCAAGACGUUCAACAGCAGCAACAGCAGUCUCACGUGCCUAAGGUUCAUCACUUUCCUCAUCAUCACCCAGCAAAGGGUGCUCUAUUCAAGCUGCAAUCGCAAAAUUCUCAUUCGCACCCGAACUUGACGAGUCUUUGCGGUCAAAUGUCGCAGCAAAAUCAUCGUCGGGACUCGAACUCGAAAGAUCAUCGGGCACAGUUUCAAUCACAGUUGAACGUUCAGGCGAGCUCGCAUCCAUAUGCGUCCGGCGUACAUCAUCAGCGCAGGCAUCAUCAUUCCAGGACGUAUUCUCAGCCGAUCUACACGAGGCUGCAGCACACGAGGAGCAGCGGCAACCUGCCAACGACCGUUGUCGGCGAAAAUAAUACCGGAGGGAACGUUUAUAGUGACCCUAUUUAUGCGCAGCCUGUUAAGCCGUUCCUUAGCUCCCAAGACGUCCGGGUAAACGGACUCUCCAUGAAGCCACCUGUCAGUCAUAACGGGGACGUUUACGCAAGCACGACGAUAGGAAGACGACCGUCAGCUGCUGGUUAUUCUCAUCCAGACAUUACGACGUCAACAGCAGAACGCGUGCGGGAAGAGGUUUACGGAAAAUCAACGGGACGGACAAAUCUCGCGUUGCAGAGGCAAUGUUCGAAUCCUCAGCUGCCCAACAGGGAUCAACAGGAAGUGGAUUUCAAGCGUCUCCCGGAGCAAAAUUUCGUGACGGUCGACCACAGGUAUUUGGCCCCUAGAAGAAAAGAAGAGCAAAUAGAACAGCAACCAAAUCCAGUGUCUUCCAUGAGAGUCAGAGGUGUUCAAGGACCACCGAAACCACCGCGCAUAAUUACUUCAUUGAAAAAGGCCACACUCUCCGAUGUGGAGAGCAGCAAAUCGGAGCCACCUGCGAAACCACCCAGAAAUUUGAUAAAAAAUGGACCAAGGGCUCGACGAGGCAAGGCAGUUCAAAGGGCGCCAUCCCGGCUUUACAGAACAGUGGGCGGACCAAUGAGGUCAUUUAACAAAGCUCAGUGCGUUGGUCCUGAAUUUGUAGUCCGUGCCAAUCAACCACCAAAGACGUUAUGUGUCGGACAAGUAAGGACUGGAGUCUGCGGGCGUAUAGUCGUUAUAAUGUUGACUGGUCAACGAGUGGAAGUGACUUGCGAUCCUCAAAAAGUCACAGCUGGUGACCUGUUCCAGGCAAUUGUGCAAGCCGAAAGCUUGGACGAAAACUUCACUCUUGGCCUGGCUGUGCUGUUAGCAGGUGAUUUUGCAAUUUUGCCACCUGAAACGAAAUUGAAUAAGGUCGCGCCACCGGGCUGGUUAAGCAGUGGCAAGAGUAAAGGUCUCCUGGGAUUGCCGACUAGUUUCAUGCUGUAUCUGAGGCUCAGGUUCUUUUUACCUUCUCUUCGUGGAAUAAGACAGAAUCCAACCAUAAACCAUAUAAGUUUUCGAAACGGUUUAACGGCAAUUGUGCAAGCCGAAAGCUUGGACGAAAACUUCACUCUUGGCCUGGCUGUGCUGUUAGCAGGUGAUUUUGCAAUUUUGCCACCUGAAACGAAAUUGAAUAAGGUCGCGCCACCGGGCUGGUUAAGCAGUGGCAAGAGUAAAGGUCUCCUGGGAUUGCCGACUAGUUUCAUGCUGUAUCUGAGGCUCAGGUUCUUUUUACCUUCUCUUCGUGGAAUAAGGAGUUGGAUAUCAAAACAUCUAUUGUAUCUGCAAAUACGACGAUGUAUAUUGGAGCAACAGCUGGUAUGUCCGUGUCCAGAGUUAAUUAAUCUAACUGGAUUGGCACUUCAAGCCGAAUUCGGGAAUUACAAUGUGAACGAGCACGGUUGCGGCGAUUAUUUCCUGUUAGAGCAUUACAUCCCGGAGUCAUUGAUUCUGAACACCGAUCAACAUCAGUCGCAGAUUAACAACGGAGAAACGGAAGCUCUCCGAGCGCGACUCCACCAGGCUCAUCGAGACAGACGGGGCCUCGACUCGAACAAAGCUGAGGAAAUGUUCAUCACUCACGCACAGACGUUGGCAGAUUACGGGUCUCAUUAUUACAUCGCCACGGUAGACUCGAAGGAAUUGGAGAAAGUGUUGGUACAGCAGCGGAAGAGAGCUGCGAGCAAGGAGCGUAGUAAGUCGGACGGAUUGCACGACGGCACGGAAGACAUUUACGGACAGGAUAGGGCUCAGGAGUAUCCUCUUUGUGGUCGGAUCGAGAUCGCGCGAUUAGGAUCCUGCGAGAAUCUUCCAAAGAUCCCGUACAGCGGCGACGAGGUGAAACCGCCUGCUUUGACGAAGAGCGCGACCUCCAACGACAUCUCAAAGUCAAUGGAAAGCGCUGCAAGUUUAAACUCAGAAUGGACCAUCGGAAAGUUUGGAGUUCCCACAACGCUGGAAACGAAAGCCUCACCAACAAAGACGAAGUCUCACGAUAGUAAAACGAAGAUAGCAAUAGCAAACACCGUAAAAAAUACUCAAUUGAGAUCGAGCUAUCCGAUGCAGCUCGAAGAGUAUCAGAACAAGGAGAACGAAAAUCCAGAGAAGGAGGCGAACAUAGUAUCAAAGCCGAAAGAUCCUCUUCGCGAGCCUGGCUCGUACUCUUUCGAGGAAGAUGCACUUUACGCGCAAGUGAACGUUCGAUUAGAGCCGGAGGGCGAGUCUCGCGACACGGAAGAUGAAUCCGAGCGAAGUUUAACGACUCCAAAUGAACCCUGCUCGUUGGAUGCGAAGGGAAUGAAAACUAACGGGCAACUUUACAGUUGCCCUCGAAUCGAAUUGGGUACGGACACCGAGUGCGGAUAUUCUUUGCCGAAAAUUCUAUCGUCGAAUAAUGUGGAUCAAUUGGAGAACCCUGGUAAUCCUGAAGAACUAUACGCAGCUAUCAACAAAGUUGGAAUCGCUAGGAAGGUGGACUUUCCGGUUCCAGAUGAGGUAUGGGAUGUUUCCGAUGUGAAGAAGUCGCUGCACAAGAUGAAGACCUCCAGUUUACCGAAUUACGGAACAUCCAAACAACCGGGUGGUUAUCGUACACCCAGUUUACCACGGCGUCUAGGGGUGAAAAUGGGAACGCGAGCGAUCUACAACAGCCUCGUACAGAAGGACACCACUCUUACCGACGACAUGGAAUCGUUAUCCUUAAAAUCAGAUGCGGAGUCGUCGAUUCAAUCACUAUCUGGUCGGUCUACAGAAUCUCCUCUACCGGAAGCAUAUGUGCUCAACGCUGACAUUCGCACGGACGACGAAACGUUCCACGUUACCGAGGACGAAUCAAUGUCCGUGUCCUUAGCCGCGCGUCUCGAAGAAUUAUCCUUCGCGGAGGAGCGAAUCCUGCAGACGAUUAAAUUGGAAAGGGGUCACGGUGGCAGUAUAGGACUGCAAGUGACAGAGGGUAACGAUGGCGGUGUAUAUGUUCAAGCGGUAUCGGUGGGUGGUUCGGCGGACAUGGCCGGGAACGUGAACAAAGGCGAUCGUAUCGUGGCGAUUAAUGGACAAAAUUUAUUACACUUACGGUACGAGGAGGCUCUGAAGAUGCUGCAGAGCUCGUGCGACACGAUCGAGCUGGUUCUCUCGCAAGCCACCUCUCGCAAAAACGCAAUCUCCAGGCAGAAUCACGAACAAAACGUGGCAGAAAAUAAUUAUUUGAACAACAUCAGAUUCGACGUGUCCUCGGAAGCGGAUACGUCGAGUGUGACGAACAAAUGGCUCGUUCAGAGAACCACCGAUGGUGCAUCAGUCCAAAACACUUCGAGUGCAUACAGCAGUGCUGCAUCCAGCGCAAUGGGCAAUCAUAAUGCAAACAGCCUAUACAUGAGCGAUCUCGUCGAUAAUAACGCACUUAAAUCCGCCAGUAUAUUGCUUAAUAUAGAGGACUUCGAUGUACUUCACUAA